AUGGAGAAUCACAUUUUCUUAUUGAUUCUUCUCUUUCUAGUUCAAUAUUAUUCUGUUUCUGGAUCAGCUUCUUCGUCGAAUGAAACAGAUCAACAAGCUCUACUAGUUUUCAAAGAUCUUGUUACUAGUCCUAGUCAUUUUUUGGCAAAUAAUUGGACUAAGAAUACUUCCUUUUGCUCUUGGUUUGGUGUCACUUGCAGUCCAAAAAGCAUGCUCAAUCUACAGAACAACAGCUUCCAUGGUGGCAUCCCUUACGGACUUGGCCACUUGCCUCGCUUGCGAGUGAUUGAUGUUGGAAAUAAUCAGCCCCAAGGAAGUAUUCCAACAAGUCUAUUUCAACACCGGAGAGUUCAAGUAAUUUCAUUGGCUUUCAAUAAACUCGGUGGUGAAAUGUGGAAAGGGCCAUGGUUUGUACCGGAACUCAGAGUUUUGAAUCUGAGGAACAAUAGCCUCACAGGUAUAAUCCCUCCAUCUAUUGGAAAUGCCACAAAGCUGAUGAACUUCAGUUUGGCUGGGAAUAGAAUCAGUGGCAACCUUCCAAAGGAAAUCAGUAAUAUGAGUCAACUUGCAUUUUUGUCCUUGAUCGACAAUCAAUUAACAGGGAAUAUUGUGUCAAAUCUAGAGGUCUUAAGUAUAUCUUACAACCAAAUUUCUGAUCACAUUCCUUCCAACAUAUGCCAACUCACAGAGCUCAAAAUAUUGUCCAUAUCUUUUAACAAUAUAAUUGGAGAUAUACCCAGAAAUAUUGGUUGUUUAUCCAAACUUGAGGAGUUUUAUAUUGGUCACAAUCCCAUAAAAGGGACUAUUCCCGCUUCAUUGGGAAAUAUUUCCACUCUGCAAAAUCUUUAUUGUGCACUCAAUUACUUGGAGGGGCCAAUUCCUCCAGAAUUGGCGAAGCUAUCUAAUUUGUGGGAAAUAAACUUUUUUCAAAAUAAACUUAUUGGUCAAAUUCCAGAAGCUAUUUUUAACAUAUCUUCGUUGAAAAACAUUGGUUUCAAUUUGAACAACCUUCCGGGGAGAAUUCCUACCACUACCGGUCUUCAUCUUCCAAAUCUUGUAUACCUUGUCUUGGGGGGCAAUCAGCUGGAAGGGGAAAUUCCAUUGUUCAUAACAAAUGCUUCCAAGCUUGAGAUACUGGAUCUAGCCGGGAACUUUCUGACAGGAACUAUUCCCACUAAUUUGGGAAAUCUUCAUGAGCUGCAAAGACUGCUCCUACAUAGUAAUCAGCUUACUAAUGAACCAAGAGAACAUGAGUUGCGAUUCUUAAAUUCAUUGGUGUAG